CUCCAUCUCGUAAAUUGGCGCAAAUCACAUCAUUUCUCAGCCCAACCGACGCCAGCUCAGCCAUGGCAGAGCCUGUAAAGAAGAUAAAGUGGACGCGUGCGAGAGCGCCGAGAGUGAGGACGGGAUGUGUAACAUGGUAUGUCGCCAAUUCUGCAAGACGUUGAAUACCUUACCUAUAGUUGAUUCACUUAGCAAAAUACGCCAUUUGAAAUGCGAUGAAGGUAAGCCAACCUGCAAUCGUUGCGACAAAGAUAAGUUCACUUGUGGCGGCUAUGUCACUGUACCUGCUUUCAUCCGCCGUCCCAAGCGCAAGUCAAUCGUCAGGCCUUCGACCAAAUUACCCUUCAUCGCACCUUCAUUAUGCAUCUCACUCCCGACGCCCUUGUCACUCCAGCCAGAUGCCUCGUCAACCGAGCUUGACCUCUUCCACCAUGUCCGGGCCUACACCGUCUUAGAACUUGCCAACUCCCUGCCUCCCACCGAAUUCUGGCACAACUAUGCUCUUCCUCUUAGCCACACCUACCAGCCCAUCGAAGCAGCUAUCUGCGCCCUCGGCAGCGCGCACAAGUACUUCAAACGUCAGGGUCAAAUGGACCUUGUUACUCGAAGGACUUGCGAAGACGAAUCUGUUGUGCAAUACAACCUAGCUAUCCGUGCCGCGCAUCAGUACAUGGGCUCAUCUGAGAGGAAGCUCGAGGUAAUCCUCACCUGUUGCCUGAUCUUCAUCUGCAUAGAAAACCUCCACGGCCGCUAUCAAAAUGCUCUCCGCCAUCUUGAGUCCGCUUUCUCGCUACUCAAUGCGCCCUACCAAUGGAACAGUUUGGAACCUUCAACGACUCCGGGUCAGCGACAGGAUCUGACCGUUUUCCUCCGACACAUCGAACCUUUGCUCUGCGGACUAGCUUCGGACGCGCAGUUUUACAUGGACGAUGAUAUGUCGAUGAAAGUCAUGUCUGGUCUUAUAGCGUGGGUCGAAGCCCAGAAGCCCGUCGACCUCGGGGACACACUGGCUCCGUUCCCUUCUGCUCAAGCUGCAGCCUUGGCAUUGAACCGGCUACAGAGCAUGUGCGAUGUGGAGCUUUGCGCAGACUGCAUUUCCUCGGACGGGAACUGUUGCCACACUUCAACAUCCAACUGUGACUCGGAGGACUGGUUCAUAGAGACGCUGUUUGAGGCCUGGAACGCUCGUUUCAAAGCCUUCAGAGCGCUUUUUGAUCCCGAAAAGGCUAUCGAAUCGGAGAUUCACCGAGUGAAAAUUCUGGACCUGGAGCAGAUCACAUGGGAAGCAACUAUGAAAAUGGACUCCAUCAACGACGAUCUGGAUAGAUCAGACUGCGAGGAAAUUCUCCGGAGAGCAGAAUCGCUGAUUCAAUAUGAGAGCACCGGUCUAGGACGCACCUUCAGCUUUAAUGGCCAUUUGGUCCCACCGCUUUCGUUGGUGAUCAUCUCAUGUCCAGAUCCUGACAUUCAGUGGAAAGGUGUGAGUCUGCUCCGAUCCAUGCACCGGCGGGAGGGUAUGUGGGACAGUGAGGAGAUGGCGAAUGUGUAUUCGGAGAUGAUCACAGCAAAGGAGAAGAAGCUUUUGAGCUGGGAUGACAUCCCAGGGGACGUGCCGGGCUUGACGGGGUUGCUUGCAUCCCUGCAGCUUUCGCCGUCUUCCGUCAAAGACCUUUUGUAGAAGCAUCAGGUUUCAGAGCCCCCUUGCUCGGCUCCCAUAGUUAGCCAAUGCUAUCAAUAUUUGCUCCUGUCUUGAAGCCGAUCAAUCAUCAAAAAUAUCCCCUUGAGAUUCCAGAUCUACAAGACGAAUAUGAAGAAUUGACUGCUGUAAAG